AUGAUUAUUCCAAUCUUACCCAUAGGUGGUUCAUCAUCAUCAUCAUCAUCAUCAUCAUCAUCAUCAUCAUCAUCAUCAUCAUCAUCAUCAUCAUCAUCAUCAUCAUCAUCAUCAUCAUCAUCAUCAUCAUCAUCAUCAUCAUCAUCAUCAUCAUCAUCAUCAUCAUCAUCAUCAUCAUCAUCAUCAUCAUCAUCAUCAUCAUCAUCAUCAUCAUCAUCAUCAUCAUCAUCAUCAUCAUCAUCAUCAUCAUCAUCAUCAUCAUCAUCAUCAUCAUCAUCAUCAUCAUCAUCAUCAUCAUCAUCAUCAUCAUCAUCAUCAUCAUCAUCAUCAUUUCUGUGUACAUAUCUUUGCGAUAAUGUCGAUGUCGAUUAG